GUUGAAACAAUCAACGGCUCACGAUUUCCUUCGUCUCUCCUUUCUCUCUCUUCCUCCCCCACCAGAAUCUCCCCUGCUUUUAUUAAGCAGCGAACCAGAAAUAGAAAGAAGCAGAGAGCACAAAAAGCUAGAGAGAGAGAGAUGAGCGAGAGAAAUCCUAGUUCCAAGCGAGAUGCGAGAGAGUUUGAAGCUUCGAGCACAAGCACAAGCGUCUCACCUCUCAAAAAGAAAAAGCUCGAUGAUUCAUCAACGGACUCUCCUGAUGUCGUCAUCCUCGCCGUUCCUUCUUCCUCUGUGGCUUCAGCGGCUGAUUUAGCUCCAGGUGGAUUCUCUGUUCCCUCCGCCGGAGAAGACGAUGAUCAGAGCUCUAGCAUCUGCUGUUUGAGCAGCGAGUCGAACGAAAUCGCGAGGAACAGUCCGACGUCUGUCGUAGAUCUGGAGACUCGUGAAAUCUCCGAAGUUUCAACAUCAAUCACCAGCAAUUUCAGAAAAGAGGAGAAUCCAGCUUUUUUGGGAGAAACAACUACAACAGAGAUGGAAUCACCAUCGGCGACGGAGAGAGAUGACCGGAAAAAACCACGGGAGGUGGACACGAGUCCGACGCCGGCGGAGGUUGAGAAAUUCCUCUCGGAGCUAGAGAAUGACGAUGAGAAGAAGCGAUUCAUAGAGAAGUACAACUUCGAUAUCGUCAAUGACAAACCGCUUGAAGGUCGGUACAAGUGGGAUCGACUUAACUAAAGCCAUGAAAUGAGAAAUAGCAUAUGGAUGGAAACAGGAAGAAGAAGAAGGGAAAAGAAAAAAAAUAGGUUUCCUUUUUCCUUACUUUCCACUUGUACAGCUCUCUUUUUUUUUCUUAAUCAAUUUUUAACCCAUGUUUAGUUCGUACAAACGAAAAAAAAAUACAAAUCGGAAUUUCGGAUCUUUGAUUAGUAGUUAACGAUGGUUUUCUUAUAAAAAGUUUUAUCUGGGUUUUGUUUUCGUGGGUUUGUGUUUUAAAAAUCAAGUGAGUGAGUACAUAUAUACAAAAAUGGUUUAGGCAGAUUCAUGACAGGCUCAGGUUUUAAUUGCAUGAAUAUGGAAAGGUGGUUCUUGUUUGGAUUUUAAACAUUGGAUGCUGCUGCUUAUUACGACUAUUUUAUCUCAACAUUUUUGUUUGUCUCUUGUCCUUCUUCUUAUUCUUACAUUUUCCCGAAAAAACAAACAAACAUUAUUUAAAUGUUUCAUAGUUUCAGGUAUUAUAUAUAGUACCUUAUUUACGAAAGUAUCUGAAACCAAAAUGUGAUUUUUAAAUAAGAAAAUGGGCGAGAAGAGGAAAUGCACCAUGACAUGACGGUACAGUUGAUAAGAAAAGUAAUACAGUACAAAAAAAGGAAGCAAAUCGGAGGGGAGUAGUAGGAAAAGUAAAUCUCAUCAUUGCAUGAUUCGGUUGGGAUGCUUUUUUUACCAUUUCUUCCCUACUUACCUAGCAGACACAGGCGCGUAGCUGCACGUGCCUCUGUCCCCCAACAAUUUAUUUAUUUAAUUAUGAUUUAAAAGCUCGAGUUCCAACUUGUAAACAAAGAGAGAGAGAGAAAACAAAUACUCCAAGGUAAAAAAAAAAAAAAAAACGAAUCUUUUUAAAAGGUAAAACAAAUGAAGAUAAUAGCAUCCUCCAGAGAAUCAGUCCAGAUGUAUUACAAAAUGUGAUUGAUCAUGCAAAUGCAACUGCCUUUUUCUACGUCCACCUGUCUCCUUUGUAACGUACCCAGAUCAUCGCAUACUCCCAUUUUCUGAUUUCAUAUAAAAAUAAGCAAGCACCCACCACACGUGUAUAUAUUUAUUUUUUCAACAUGUGAAGCCAUAGGUUAUUUAAAUUCAUCAUACGUUUGUAUAUAAAUAUAUAAUAUAUAUACUUUUGUAGUAGAUACUCCCUUCGUUCCAGAA